UCAAUCCACCGUGUGCGGUUGACAGAAGAAGAAGAAGAAAGACGCCCGUGUUCACCUCGUUUCCGGCCGGCCCGAAAUGUUCUCCCAACUCCUCUCCUCCCCGCCGGUCCCACCGGCGUCAUCGCGCGCCGGCGCGGUGGCGUGCCGCCUCUCUCACAUUGCGACGCGCCCGCUCACGCCUUCUCCGCUCCCCACCAGAAAAAUCCGACUCAAUUGUAUUGAUUAUAAUGGAAGUGCUUGCACGGUGAGGUUUAUGAAUGCUGUCUACCAUGGACUAUCAGUUGGAUUGGUUCGAAUCAACCAAAUGAAGGGAAAUCCCCCAGGAGCAAUUAGGAGAAGCAGCAGUGCCGAGGGACAAGAGGACAGUGACAAAGAUGAUGAGGAUAUCACUGAUGAUGCCCUUCGAGCUACCAUCAAACAGAGCAAGAAGGUCUUGGAAAUACAGAAGAACCUGCUGCGACAGAUUGUUGAAAGGAGAAAAUUUGUAUCAUCUAUAAAAGAUAAUUUUGUUACAAAAGAAGAGGAAACAGUUUCUUACAAUCAGAAUUAUAGUUCUUUCUCGAACAUGGAUAUAGAUAAUGAUGAAGAUUUUGAUAGGACAAACAACCCUUGGAGUUACUCUGACAAUUAUGCUCAGACAACUGAAGCUGAUGUUCUUGAUUAUGGGGAGGAAACAAUAGACGGCAUAGAAGUUGAACAAUCUGUGGCAGAAACUCUUGGACUGCUAAGAGAAGCCGAUUUGGAGCCGUCUCAGCCUCAGGAUAUGCCUCCAGUUAUUUUUGAAGAGUCUGAAUAUUAUACUAUGAAUGAUGAGAUCCUUGAGGUCUCUGCAGAAGAGGGUAUGCAAGGUUCAAAUGAGCAACAAGAGGUGCCACCUGAGGAAGGAAUUAUGGACUCUGCACCUUUGGCUGGCCCGAAUGUCAUGAAUGUCAUCGUGGUGGCUGCAGAAUGUGCUCCAUGGUCUAAAACAGGUGGGCUUGGAGAUGUUGUUGGAGCUUUACCUAAGUCUUUGGCCAGGAGAGGCCAUCGAGUUAUGGUAGUGGCACCAAGAUAUGGCAACUAUGCUGAGCCUAAGGAAGUAGGAGUUAGGAAAAGGUACAAGGUCGAUGGGCAGGACAUGGAGGUUAUGUAUUAUCAUGCCUUUAUUGAUCGUGUCGAUUUUGUUUUUAUCGAUAGCCCUGUUUUUCGCCACAUUGGAAAUGAUAUAUAUGGUGGAAACCGACUGGACAUUUUGAAAAGGAUGAUUUUGUUCUGCAAGGCAGCAGUUGAGGUUCCUUGGCAUGUUCCAUGUGGUGGCACCUGCUAUGGAGAUGGGAAUCUGGUUUUUGUUGCGAAUGAUUGGCAUACUUCCCUGCUUCCUGUUUAUUUGAAGGCAUAUUACCGUGAUAAUGGGCUGAUGAUAUAUGCUCGCUGUGUCUUGGUGAUACACAACAUAGCACACCAGGGUCGUGGUCCAAUAAACGACUUCUCCUAUGUGGAUUUGCCAGGCCACUACAUGGACUUUUUCAAACUCUACGAUCCCGUUGGAGGUGAACAUUUUAAUAUAUUUGCAGCUGGUUUAAAAGCUGCUGAUCGUUUGGUUACUGUUAGCCAUGGUUAUGCUUGGGAGUUAAAAACACCUGAAGGUGGUUGGGGACUGCAUGGGAUCAUUAAUGACAAUGACUGGAAAUUCCAAGGAAUUGUUAACGGAAUCGAUACCCGAAGUUGGAAUCCCAAGUUUGAUAUGUACCUACAGUCUGAUGGUUACACCAACUACUCUUUGGAAACUCUUCAAAUGGGAAAAUCCCAAUGCAAGGCUGCUCUACAACGUGAGCUUGGUCUGCCUGUCCGUGACAAUGUUCCUAUCAUUUCCUUUAUUGGAAGAUUAGAUGACCAGAAAGGUGUAGAUCUCAUAGCGGAUGCCAUGUCAUGGCUUGUAGAUCAGGAUUUACAGUUAAUCAUGCUGGGCACUGGAAGGCCAGACCUUGAAGAUAUGCUUCGGAAAUUUGAAAGUGAGCAUCAUGACAAGGUCAGGGGAUGGGUUGGGUUUUCUGUGAAGAUGGCUCAUCGGUUCACGGCAGGUGCUGAUGUGCUACUGAUGCCAUCGAGAUUUGAACCUUGUGGGCUGAACCAACUUUAUGCAAUGAUGUAUGGGACUGUGCCCGUUGUGCAUGCUGUUGGUGGCCUUAGAGAUACUGUAAAACAGUUCGAUCCAUUCAAUGAGACAGGUCUUGGAUGGACCUUUAAGAGGGCAGAGGCGAACAAGAUGAUUGAGGCACUGGGUCAUUGUCUGAACACGUACAGAAAUUACAAGGACAGUUGGGAGGGAUUACAGAGGCGAGGGAUGAUGCAAGACCUAAGUUGGGAUAAUGCUGCUCAGCGCUACGAAGACGUCCUUGUCGCUGCCAAGUACCAAUGGUGAUUCCAUUGCCCUUGUUGGUUCUCUAGUUCACAGCAUUUCAUUUAGCAUCCUGUUGAAUUUUCACAACUUGGGUGAGGCUACUAAGCAAUGGCACAUAUGCAAAGUUGUUCUAUAUCUGUUCUGUUUGGCGAUGGCGAGUCCAUAAAUUGAUCACAUCUUGGUGAUAUUUUCUACAUCCUUUGGUAAUCCAUCUCCUCUGUAUUGCAUGAGGAGUUGACAGCUGAUGAUUUUUUUUACUGUAAGUAAUUCUCUCGGUGUAACAUCUUGUGCAGGCUUGCUGAUUAGUUCUUUCAAGUAAAAGAUGGUGUAAAUUGUAAGAUCUUGUGCAGGCUUCUGUAUGAAAUGCUAUAGUUCUUUAGGCUGUAAAUUUGGAGCAAAGUUGUUCUAUA